AUGGCUUACGAUGAGGCUGAGGGGAGACAUGUUGUUCUCUUUCUUGUUCUGUUUUCUUGUUUCUUGAGCUCUUGCUGUGGCUACCGUUUUGUGGUUGGUGGGAGCCGAGGCUGGGUCACAAACCCUUCUGAAAACUACACCCAAUGGGCUCAGAGAAACAGGUUUCAAGUCAAUGACACACUCUUGUUCAGGUAUAACAGAGGCUCGGACUCUGUUCUUGUGGUGAGCAACAGGGCCGAUUACGAUAGCUGCAACACCGCGAACCCGAUACAGAGGUUCGACGAUGGGAGUUCUGUCUUCACGUUCGACCGGUCGGGCCCCUUUUAUUUCAUCUCCGGGAACAGGACCAGCUGCGACGCCGGACAGAAGCUGAUCGUCGUCGUUCUUGCCGUCAGGAACCGCCCAAAUACGCCGCCGGCCGGUCAGGGAGGAGGCUCGCCCUCCUCCCGGCCUGGUGGAGCUUCGCCGCCGGGGACCGGAUCGACCUUGUCUCCGUCGCCGGCGACAGGAGGACCCUUCUCGCCAUCUGGCUCCCCGUCAUCGUCUCCCGGGACAGGGGACCACGGGUCUGGUCCAUCUCCGGCGGUUGGGGCUCCCGGGCCGGCGGCCCACGUGUCGGGUCCAUCUCCGGUGGCUGAGGCUCCUGGGCCGGCGACCCAUGGGUCGGGUCCAUCUCCGAUGGUGGAGGUUCCUGGACCGGCGGUCUACCGUGGAGGUCCGUCUCCGGCGGUUGGGGCACCUGGACCGGCAGUCUAUGCCGGAGGUCCAUCUCCGGCGGUUGGAGCUCCUGGACCGGCGGUCUACGGCGGAGGUCCGUCCCCGGCGGGUGAAGCUCCUCUUCCGGGAACGGAUGGUUCAGCUACGUCCCCAGCGAGUGGGUCCCCAGCUACGCCUGGAUCUUCUACUUCCUCUGCUCCGGGAAGUGGUACUCCGGCGGAUACCAACUCGCAAGGCGGUGGUCGGCCGCGGUCCUUGGCGGCGACGCCGUGCAGGCCUCCGAUUUUAUUCCUGUCGAUUGUCUUGAGCGUAGGUUUGGGCGGGUUAAUGGUUUCCGGUUAG